UCAUCUCUUAGCAUGCACCAGCACAUGCUCUGGGAAGUUAAAGUUUGAUCUAAAUCAUCCGAACCGGCCGGUAUAUGGAACUCUCCUUGACCGCAUCCCUCCUCCUCCUCCUCAUAUGUCUCCCACCCCUUGUUUACUUUUUCUAUCUGCAAUUGCAAGUAGAUGACUCCAAGACGCAGCGUCACGACCAUGGCCUCAAGGUGUAUCCCAUCCUGGGCACGACUCCUCACUUCAUCAAGAACCGCCACCGCUUGCUGGAGUGGUCGACCGGCUUCCUCCAGACCAGCCCCACGCACACCAUGUCUUUCAAGGUGCUGGGCCACUCCGGCAGCGCCUUCACGGCCAACCCGGCAAAUGUCGAGCACAUACUGAAGACGAACUUUGAGAACUAUCCCAAAGGCGAGCUCGCGGAUAUGCUGGAUGACUUCCUUGGCCGCGGCAUCUUCAACUCCGAUGGAGAGGAGUGGCUGCAACAGCGCAAGACCGCCAGCUACGAGCUCAACAAGCGCUCGCUAAGGAACUUCGUGGUGCAUGCCGUCCGUUUUGAGGUGGUGGAGCGGCUGCUGCCGCUCCUCGAGCGGGCGGCGGGGCCUGGGCGCCGCACUUUGGACAUGCUGGACGUUCUCGAGGGCUUCGCCUUCGACAACAUAUGCCGCGUGGCUUUCGGCGAAGACCCGGCUUGCCUCACGGAGGAAGGCCUGCGAGGGAGAAACCAGAGCAUGGAGGUGAUGCAGGCCUUCAACGUCGCGAAGAACACCAUCAUGACCAGGUUCCUGUUGCCCUCCUGGGUGUGGCGCCUGCUGAGGCUGCUGGACCUGGAGCCCGAGAGGAAGAUGCGCAAGGCGAUCGCCGUCAUCCACGGCUACGCCAACAAGAUCAUCCAGCAGCGUAGAGAUAGCGGGGGGACAGCAGGGUCGGCGACCAAGGAUGACCUUUUGUCUCGCUUCGCCGCGUCUGGCGAGCACACGGACGAAGGCCUAAUCUACGUGGUCACCAACUUCAUCGUCGCCGGCCGCGACGCAACCGCGGGUUCAGUCUCCUGGCUCUUCUGGCUGGUGUCCUCCCGGCCCCAGGUGGAAGAAAAGAUCGUGAGCGAGAUCCGCGCGGUUCGUGCGAGAAGCGGCGGUGACGCCACGACGACGACGGCCACCACCACGUUCAGGUUCGACGAGCUCCGCGAAAUGCACUACCUCCAGGCGGCCCUCACGGAGUCCAUGCGGCUGUACCCCCCGGUUGCUCUCAACACACGCAUCUGCCGCCGGGACGAUCUUCUUCCUGACGGCACCUUCGUCGGAAAAGGGUGGCAGAUGACCUACUGCCCGUACGCCAUGGCACGGUUGGAGGACGUGUGGGGCAAAGACUGCGAGGUUUUCAAGCCAGAGCGAUGGCUGGAUGAAGCGGGCGCGUUCCAGCCGGUGGCCCCGUGCAAGUACCCGGUGUUCCACGCCGGACCCAGGAUGUGCCUCGGCAAGGAGAUGGCCUACAUACAGAUGAAAUCCAUCGUGGCAUGCAUAUACGAGCGGUUCAGCUUGCGGUACAUCGGCGGGGAGGGACAUCCCGGGCUCCAGCUCGCAGGGACGCUGCGUAUGGCAGGCGGUUUGCCGAUGCAGAUAAUUCCAAGGGUAGGGCCAGCGGCCUAGCUCAAAUUGGACGAAUCCAUUUCUUCACUUAGUUCUUCAUUUUCUAAUUGCCUUCCCUUUUCACUUCGCAUAUGUCUACGGCAGUUUAUGUUGAGAUUCACCUAUGGAUCAAUCAUAUCAAAAGUUCAAAACAGAUGAAAAUAA